AUGUCGUCGUCGAACUUGCCGCUCUUGCGGUCGGCGCGCUGCCUCUCGCGGAUGCGGCGCUUUUCGGCGUCCUUGAGCUCCUUUUCGAUGCGCGCCUUUUCGAGCUCCGGGUCGCGUGCGCCCUCGCCCGCCGCCGUGGCGACGACGCGCGCCGUCUUCUGGAAGCGGAGCGCCUUGGCGAUGCGCAUGUGCGUCUCGGACCGCGUGUCGGCGGGCGUAAAGGCGAGCGAACCGGCGAUGGGGCCCUCGGCCUCCAUGACGGCGGCCUUGGCGUGGGGCACGACCAGGUACGACAGGCUCUGCGCGGGGCGCGACGAGGAGCCGGCGCCGCCCAUGGGCAUCGAGCGCAGGUCGGCCUGGCUCUGCGACGGCGGCAUCAUGCCCUGCGAGGAUGGACCGGGCCCCAUCUGGGACUGCGACUGCGACUGCGACUGGCUCGGCGCAGCGUUGCCGGCGCCCCGCGGUCCGGCCGUCGAGCCCGCCUGGACGCGGCCGGCCUCGGUCUGCUGGGUGUCGGCGUCAAAGGGCUGCGUCGCGUAG